CAACUUUUGAAAAUGUAACUGUUUACAUUCUGGCGUUGCCAGAUGGCAAUUAGCGCUGCACUACCACUUAGAUCACAGGGUGACACACGCAAGUAAUAAACAGCUGUUGUUUUAUGUUGAAAUCGUUGUUGCAGUCGGAAAAGUUAAAUUUGAACAAUUUUUAUUAAAUUUAUAUUGUUUACUAAACAUACUUAAAAUGUCUCUUGUUGCAUACGCUGCAAGUAGUGACGAGGAAUCAGAAAAUGAAGAAGAAUCCACCGGCACACAAGUGGAAUUGCUAAAACAGCCAAGCAACAACAAUGUGGCUGCCAAGUCUGGCGUCGUCGCUAGUGCUGGACACAUAAGUGACGAAGACGAUGAUUAUGUACCACGAGAAGUGUCGCUGCAGGAGCUUAAGCCGCCAACGGCCAGUGGCCGAAUAACGCUUGCGCUGCCCCAGCCCAAAAAAAGCCGUCCAGCCAAUCACGAGGAAGCAGAGGAAACGGAGGAGCAGCAAGUGACGCAAGCAUUUGCCAAAUUACCAACGCCACGAACAGCUAUCACAGGGGAAGCUGCAGCAUAUAUAGAAGAAGUGGACGAUGAAUUUCUCCACAAGAAGGCGUCGGCAGAUAGCGAAGCGUUGGAAAAACCGCCGCCACCGCCAGCUGCUGGAAAAACGCGUGUGAAGAUCACCAUACCGUCGCUGAGGGACUUCGCUGAUGUGGAUAAGGAAAAGGCGGAAAAGCAGCAAAAUAAUAGGCAGCAAGUCAAAUCCACAAAGGGUUGCGGAUUGCUUAGCAUAUUGCCGCAAGCGAAAUCCGAGCGAGAUUUCAGCAAGAAAGAAAAUGACACAAUAACGAAGCCAAGUACAACUGCUGUUUCUGCUAAGCCAGCCUUUGUGCCCGACACUGUGAAGCAACGACGCGCAGCGCACAACACAGAAGGCGUCGAUGGGGUCAAGGCGCCACAGCCUCCCGGAAAACAAGCGCAAAAGAAACCUCCGUCCACAAUCCAGCCCAAGGCAGCACUGGUCAGCGUUAGCGACAGCGACGAUGACGACGAAGAUGGCGCUGGUGACUUCUUCUCACUGCACAGCGAACAUAAAUUGCCUGAGGUGAGCAGCAAUGAGAUUAGUGCUCUGGUGGCCAAGCGAGCCGAGCAAAUGGUUGCAGCUGGCAACAAGUUCCUCGAGGAGCAGAAGCAACGUGAAGCUGCUGAAGCGGAGGCUGCAGAAUUACACUCGGAGGAGAUGCGAUUAGCACAACAACGCUAUCAAGAGCAACACCUGAAUGCCGAGGCCAUGGAUGCGCUGGUGGGCAAGAAUGCCAAGCGACGUCGCAAGGAGGCCAAGGAAAUGCAGGUGAUUGAGAUCAGCGGCACACAAGUGAUGCCUGAUCGUGAUGAAUGGAUGCGCACGGCGUUGGCAUCGGCGACGACUUAUCAACCCACCGGAGUGCUGACGGAUGAGGAACCAGUAGCGGGCACAAAAAGGAAACAUCAAAUCACCUAUCUGGCGCACAAAGCGAAGGCCAACGAGGCCGAACUCCAAGCGAUGUGGUCCGCAAAUCGACAAACUCGUCGUGCCACUCAGAGCAAAUAUGGUUUCUAAAUGUUUCCAUUUUAAUAUUGUUUAUGUACUAUUUUCAACUACAAUAUAGACUUAAUAAGAAUAAAUUUAUAAAUAAGUUGAAUUGCUCAUUUGAGCCAGUUUUCACGUUGCCUCAACUGCCCGGCAACAUAGACAAUGGCUGUGCAGAGUAGAAGCAUCAAUGGAGCCAUUGUCACAUAGAUUGGAAUCUGUUGUGGAUACUCAAGAGUCAUGCAGAUCAUCACUUGAGAUGUUAUCGUUAGCAGCACACCGCCGAUGUUCCAUUUGUAGAGGAACAGCAAAUCGGUGAGCCUAUUGAGAUUGCGCCAUUUGCGUAUAAACUUUAUCAGCACAUAGAUGAUGAGGAUGCAGUCGAAGAACCAAAGCGGCGUAAAAGUGACGAACCAAUUCCAUGUGGUGCGUGGAUCUAGGCGCAAGCAAAGCAGUAUUAAGAACACCAAGACGAUAAACCAAGUGAAGAGCGCCCGAUGUGCCAGCGUCAUGACUUAAACGUUUUGCAUAUU